GGCCGCGCCAGGGCAGGCGAUGGCGGCGACGGGAUCGUUGCCCGCUGCGGCGGCGCGGCUGGGUCGCGCCGUGGCGGUCGCGCCGGAGGCCCGCUUAGAAAGCGUGCGGGGGCUGACGAGCCUGUUCCGGGAGGCGCAGCUCAGAGAAAUGGCAGAAGAAAGCAUAUUUCGGAAUCUCCUGGAAAUCCUGAUGAGUGCCUCAAGUGAAAUUGAGCAAGUCUGCAAGGACUCCUGUGAACUGGUAGAUCUUGACACCUGCCUGCUGCUCACAGCAGAGUGUUUCAGAUGUCUGAGGAAUGCCUGUGUUGAGUGUGCCAAGAAUCAACAUGUCGUAAGGAACUUGGGUCUCAUCUCUACAGCUGUCAAUUUGAUCAAAUUGCUUCAUGGAAUACAAAUCAAAGAAGAAUUGUUAUUAACUGCUCUUCGUUGUAGUCUCCAGUUUCUUGGAAACAUUGCAGCAGGAAAUGGAGAUUCCCAGAAUAGCAUUUGGAAGUGUGCUUUCCCAGAUCUCUUCUUAACAUGUCUAGCAUACAGUGAUGAGAAAAUUGUUGCCUAUUGUUGCAUGGUCCUUUUCACCUGCCUUAAUUCAGAGAAAGUGAGAGAACUGCUGGAUCCUGGGAACUUGGCUGUGGCUCUUCGUGUCCUGAAAGUCUACAAAGAGCAGUUGGAGUCUGAGUGGUCGUUCUUGAUUGUUACAGACCAUUUGCUGAAGUGUCCAGAGUUGGUAGAAGCCCUCUAUGCCAAACUGAGCAAUCAAGAAAGAGUUACUUUGUUAGAGCUGAUGUUGGAGAAAGUAAGUGAGAAGAACCCAGUAAACAGUGAAGAAAUGAACGUCUUCAUGAGUCAUGCUGAAUUCCUUGCAGGCUGUUUCCAGGAGAAAUGUGAAGCUGUGCUCAAGUUGACUUCUGCAGCAGAUGCAGAAGAUGAGGAAGCACUGGUUAUGAUUCGUCUUCUUGACGUUCUUUGCGAAAUGACAUCAAGCAACGGGCAGCUGGAGCAUCUACAGGCUCUGCCUGGUUUGCUUGAAACAGCCAUAGAUACCCUGAGAUUAACUCAUCUUGCUGGGAAACAGGCCGUAAAUAUUUUCACUGCUACCCAUGCUAUGACAGGGCAGGAAGAAAUUUCACAUCCAGCUGUGGGUUUUAAAUCUCAUCUCAUUCGAUUGAUUGGAAAUUUGUGUUACAAAAAUAAGGAAAACCAAGACAAGGCAUUUUUCAACAGUGAUUGCUCCUCACUGGAUUGGUGCUGGCAAAAGAAAUCUAGAACUGGGAGAUUCUCUGCACUUCUCUUGAGGGCUGCCUUGUGUUGUCCAUAUAACGUGGAGUUGGAAACUGCUUAGACUGGAAAAAGCACCAAGAAGUAAAAAUGGAUCUCAGAGGGUGAGAGAGGGAGUAGUUCAGGUCCAAGAGAUAACUCCUGGAAGAUGGGGAAGGCAUUAUCAGUCUGGACAUAAAACAAACGAGGGAGUAUGAUUAUUUUGCAACAAUCCUCCUUGACUCUGACAGUUGCAGAAGUUUUCUGUCCAAAAGGUAUCCUGGUCUCCAAAAGGAAGAGCCUCUCUCCAGACUACGAUCAAAGCAAUGUCUACUUUCACCUCAAAUUUUAUUUUGGGCAGGAUUGGUUCUGUACUGCUUUUAACUGCCUUAUUGGAAUCAAGGAUACUGUGCUGUCUGGCUCAGCAUUUUCUGCAGGCUUACAGCUUACUUUAAACAAUUCAGAAAAUACUUAAAUAGUUGAAAUAUUUAAUUCAAAAAAGGAAAAAUAUAUAAAUAAAUCAGAGAUUUCUAAUUUUUUUAUGUCUCUUUAUGGGAAAGGAAAAAGCAGCUGGAGGUGGAGACAGAUGGAAGCCCAGAGCAUUUAAAAUUAAGCUCAUCCUCUUUUUGCAGCGUGGCAUCUCACCUCAGUUCAGAAGCACAGCUACUACUUCAUCAAUAUCCAUGAAGCCCCAUGGAUAAGGUGCACUGUAAUUUGCACUUGGUCUUGUUUAACCUUCAGGUGACUUCCAUAACAUAGUUAUGUUAAACUUAAAAUUUUCCUAUCAUUUUUGAGUACAGGCAAACUUCAGUUUAGAGACACAAUGGCAGAAAAGGGAUUUCUCUUUGAAUUUUUACUUAUUAGUUCAAGAAGUAUUUCAGCCUGUCCAUCCACUUGUGGAGUUGUUACGCAAUGCCUUUAGUUUUGGUGGGGGGUUCUGAAUAUUUUAACACUUUUUGACAUAUGUUCACGGUCAAUAUUUAUUGUAAGAUCAACAGUCCAGUCUCUAAUUUUGUUUUUUGGUGGGGUGGUUCGUAAGAGGUUUUCUUCUCAUGGGGUUUUGAAAAUGUGAUCAAAGUACUCACAGCAGCUAUGUUGCCUAAGGGAAAAAAAAUCUCCAAAAUACAUCUGAAAUAUGUGAACUGAACAGGCCUCUCAAUGGUGAUGUUAACUCUGAAACAGAAGUAUAACAAAUGGUGAUGAUGAUAGCUAUUCUACCAUUGACCUCUUUUUCAGAAAUGCAUGUUUAUCUUGUGUUUGCAGCACAAUAAUAAGGAAAAAAAAUACAGAUUUUGUAAUUCAUCUUAAAUAUCAAGUCCUAACUCUCGGUAUAGUGGGAAUUUUCACCUGCAAUUUGGAUUUUGAAAUUGAGUUUGCUGAAAGUUUAUAUAAAGCCAAAUCCUUCUAUUAUUACAUACCUUUCAAAAAUCUGUCCUUUGUGAGCUGUUCAAUGAAUGCUUAUAAAAGCUUUUU